AUGGGACUAAAACCCGAGAUCAAGAAACAGGUUGGAAUGCAAGAGAUCCGUGACUUUCCUACCCUAGUGAAUAAGAGUAGGAUUUAUGAUGACGAUAGUCGUGCUGAAAAGGCACAUUACAGAAACACUGGAACCGUGAAGGACAAGAGACUUAUGCAUCAUAAUAGAGGAAAACCUUACUCUUUUCCUCCUAGUAAAUUUGGAAGUCGUCAAAAUUAUCAACAAUACAGUUUUUCAGCUGGAAAAGGAGCUAGUGGUGGUAACGGAAAAGGAAAUGGAAACAGUUAUAGUUAUGGGGGUGGUAGAGGAAACCCCAAUGGACGAGGAGUUAGUAACAGAAAUAGUAACAACAUGAGUCAAGUCUCGAGCAACAACAAUAGUAAUAAUGGUGAUCCAGCAACUCCUAUCCGAUGUCACAGGUGUGGUAAGCAGGGUCACAUGGCAUAUGAAUGUAGAGAUGUUGGAAUUACUUGUUUUAAUUGUCAACAACAAGGCCACAUUAGCACCACAUGCCCCUACCCAAGGAAGACUCCCCAACCUGGAAACCAGAGUUCCCAAGCCAGCCGACCUAAUUCCAAUAGAAGAGUCUUUUCCCUCAGUGGUGCAGGAGCGUCUGAGAAAGGCACUGAUUCCUUUGUGUCUCUUGAUUGUUUUAGACGUUUAGGACUACCUGUAUCUCGUUUGCAGUAUGACUUGAUUGUGAAUACCCCAACUAGUGAUUCUGUUGAUACCUCUAGUGUUUGUCUUGAUAUUUCUAUCCAUGUGUGUGGAAGGGGUUUCCGAGUUGACUUAGUGUGUUUACCUUUGGGUCUGGUUGAUGUGAUUCUUGGUAUGAAUUGGCUAUCUGCCAAUCGUGUCCGCGUAGAUUUUUUUAGUAAAACCAUUGAAUUCAUGGAGUCAGGAGAGAUGGAUAAGCCUAGCAAUAUAUCCGCCAACCAAGUGAAGGUACUCUUGAGAGAAGAUGCCCAAUUAUACAUGAUCCUAACCUCAUUGGAAUUUGAAGAAAAAGUGGUAAUACGAGAUGUUCCUAUUGUGUGUGAAUUCCCUGAAGUAUUCCCUGAAGUAUUCCCUGAAGAUGUCACUAGUAUACCAUCAGAGCGUGAGAUUGAGUUUAGCAUUGACCUUGUACCAGGUACUGGACCCAUAUCCAUGGCACCAUAUAGGAUGUCUCUCUUAGAAUUGUCUGAGCUUAAGAAGCAAUUGGAAGAGCUUUUAGAUAAACAAUUUAUAAGGCCUAGCGUGUCACCAGUGGGUUUCCCUGAAGUAUUCCCUGAAGAUGUCACUAGUAUACCAUCAGAGCGUGAGAUUGAGUUUAGCAUUGACCUUGUACCAGGUACUGGACCCAUAUCCAUGGCACCAUAUAGGAUGUCUCUCUUAGAAUUGUCUGAGCUUAAGAAGCAAUUGGAAGAGCUUUUAGAUAAACAAUUUAUAAGGCCUAGCGUGUCACCAGUGGGGAUAAAUGAUCUUAUGGACCAAUUGAGAGGAUCUUGUGUGUUUAGUAAGAUCGAUUUGAGAUCAGGUUAUCAUCAGAUCCGAGUAAAGUCUUCUGAUAUCCCUAAAACCGCUUUUAGGACCCGUUAUGGCCAUUAUGAGUAUUUGGUUAUGCCUUUUGGUGUGACUAAUGCACCAGCAGUGUUUAUGGAUUACAUGAAUCGGAUCUUUCAUCGUUACCUAGAAUCAUUUGUGGUUGUGUUUAUAGAUGAUAUCUUAGUGUACACUAAGACUAAGGAAGAGCAUGGAGAACAUUUAAGGAUAGGUUUGCAAACCCUUAAUGGGAAACAAUUAUUUGCCAAGUUGUCUAAGUGUGAAUUUUGGUUAGAGGAAGUAAGUUUCCUAGGACAUGUAAUUUCAAAAAGUGGAAUAGUUGUUGAUCCUGCCCAAGUGGAGAGGGUAUUAGAAUGGAAAACACUUAAGUCAGUGACUGAGAUUAGAAGUUUCCUAGGAUUGGCAGGUUAUUAUCGUAGGUUUAUAGAAGGAUUCUCCAAGUUGGCCUUACCUUUAACUAAGUUGACCUGA